AAAGGAAGAAUCUUAAAAAUGAAUUAACAACGGUACAAAUAUGUCCGACCGACGUCUCUGUAUCUAUCUGUCAUUCAUUCAUUCGCUUUGAUAAAAAAAGGUACCUCGUAAGUGAGAAAUGUUGGCAAAAUUCGUGUAGCUAUAAACGCGAUACCUUUUCAUUUCAAGUAUAAUUCGCUACAAAACUUUGCAUUUUGUUGUCAAACAAGGUGAUACAGUUCAAACUAGACAAUGGAAACUACCUAUUAGAUUCUGAGAGAUUAUGGCAUCUGGAACAUCAUCCCUGGAGAGCAAUGGAAGCAAUGAGUCAAUAUCGCACAGUUACGUGAGCGGGGAGCGGCCUCCCAUACCCAGUAUACCUAUCGAGUAUGACGUUCUAACUGGCAACCAGUACCACGAGAACUACAAGGCUCACGGCGCGCACGUAAUGAGCGGCCCGUACGAGCCCCUGGGACAGUACGAUGUUAUAAGCAAGCAGACCAAUGAGAACCUUAAACAACAAUGUGAGAAGGCGCUGCACGAGCUCAACCAACUCCGGAGACAGCAUACGGAGACUUCGCGCCGCUGCGAGCAUGUUAUGAAGGAGUUGGAAUACUUCCGUGGACAACACCGGGCCGCCAUGAACCAGCUGGAGGUGUCAGCACAGGAGGCCAGCAGCCUGCGCGGCAAGUACGGCGACCUGCUGGACGACAACCAACGCCUAGAGCGCGAAGUGCAGCAUUUACAGCAAAGCAGCAACCCAGAAGGCAGUUCGGACGCAUUAGUUCACACACUCCGAAAGCAUGAGGCACUCAAAGAAGAAUUUGAAUGCUUCCAGAAGAGUUUUCGUUUUAGGUACGAAGACCUGAUAGAGACCCACAAUGCGACGCUGGAGAAGCUGCAGAUUGUCCAAGAAGAGAACAGCAGGCUGAAGACUCAGUGCCACGAGCUGACACAGGAGAGGAAUGCUGUGAUCCGCGAGCGUAACGCGCUGAAGCAGCAGGUGGCCAGCGUGGUGCGGCAAUGGGAGGGGGGUGUCCGCGACCGCAACGACAUCAAGCGGCUCACCGACGAGCGCAACGCUGCGCUCACCGAGUACACGCUCAUCAUGAGCGAGAGGGAUACAGUGCACAAAGAGAUGGAAAAGCUAUCAGACGACCUGCAAGCGGCUUUGAAACGGGUGGCCGCACUUGAAGCCGCGCUGCAAGCUUCCAGGGAGGAACAACGUGCCUCUGCCGUGCAGGCGGAGAGUUUACGGAGGGAGAUAGAAUCAGCACUGGUAGAUCGCGACCGAGCCAUAAAAGAAUGCAGCGAUCUGAAGACGCCGCAGAACAACGCACUAGCCAAGUCCAGACAAGACAAUUCCGCGUAUCACCAUUUGGGCCUAGCAAGUGGUGUGGGUAACGACGGAUUCCUCAACGGGCAACACUCCAACGACCCUUCCUUGGACAAGUUGCAAGGUCUAGUAGGUCUGGCGGCAGAAGGCGGGGAUAAGGAUCGCAGCGAAGCUCUGGAACAGAACAACCCUGAACUGGAGCGAUUGCGUAAGAUGAUGGAGCGACUUCAAGCUGAAUUAUCCGACGCACAGAGAGAGGCUGAGGUGUCGAAGCGAAGAAGAGAUUGGGCGUUUUCGGAAAGAGACAAACUAUUACAAGAAAGAGAAAGUGUCAAAGCAUUGUGCAAUAGACUGAGAAAGGAACGCGACCAAAUGGUAGGUGAAUUAGCGGAUGCGCGUCGCCACGGAGGUGCUAAGAAAUCUGAAUCCAAAGACAAACGAGAACACGACGAACGGCCGAGACACGCGCAUUCACGAGACAGAGCCGUCGACCACGACAUACAGGAUUACGAAUGGGACGUGAUCGACGUAGAGUUGAGUGGUUUGAGCAAGGAUGGCGAUUUGGGCUUCGAACUGUCCGGCGGUAGGGACGAGCCCUGCUACCCCAACGAUUAUAGCGUGUACGUCACCGCCGUCAAGAAGGGAUCCGUGGCCGAGGGGAAGAUCAAAGUGCUAGACCGCGUGACGGAGGCUUGCGGCGUUUGCGCGUGGUCGAGCGGGCAGGCCCUAUCUGCCGCCCUACGCGCCGCCCUGCAGCACGGACACGCCGCCCUACGCGUGCAGCGAGCCCGCGCCCUACGGCGACAUCUGCGCCUGCCAGCUGCGGGCGGCCUGCAGCUGCAGCACGGUAUUUUCAUUAAUAAAAUCGCAUGUGGCAGUCCGGCCGCUAAGGAAGGCAAUCUCUACGUUGGUGACCGUGUAGUCAGUAUAAACAACAGGUCUUUAGAAGGCAUGAAGAGUGUAUCAGAAGCGAUGGCUGUGUUGAAUGAAUAUCAAUACGAAUCUGUGAUACUCACAGUGUUGCGGCCGCUGUACCCGUGCUGCGAUACAAGGGACAGGUUCAGUUUGUACGAGCACUCGUUUUCGGAUGGCAAAGUGAACAUCUGCUCGCAGACUGACGAGUCGUAUUGUCACUUUGUGCCGCUGCCGCAAGACCCAAAGGUGCACAUAGACCACUGCGCGUCUGAUUUGGACAGGCGUUACGUGUACCACGUGGCAGGCAGCCAGGGGAAGAUACACCAGGAGAGAGGCACUUGGGACAUGAUCCGAGGGAAGAUUGAAGCGGUCACGGGACGCAGCAAGUCCAAAGACAAGCAGAAUAAGGUGCCAGAAACCGACGCUAUCGCAGAGUUAGAUUCAGUUAUCGACAGCUAUCAUGGCAAGACGAUCAAAGAGACGAGUAGCGUUUUGAAACGUUCACGACGGAAGAACAAGGAGUCUCAGAACGAUGCAAAAAAUGGCGGGACGUGGCCCAAGGCACGGGCCAACUUCAUUCUAGAAGAGAACUCGACAGGAACCAUCGUCCAGCCUCGCUCUAGAAAGGAAAGACCGCCUCUUUCCAUAUUGCUCAGUCCACCUACAAAGUUACCACCGGAACCGCAAAGAUCGAACAUCAAUCGAAACUCCAAUCCCAUACCUUUAGGUCACGCUCCUCUCACUCAAGCCACUGCGCCGGCGAGGCACUCCGUCUACAAAUCCAUCGAAUCGUCGCCAGCGAUCGAACACUUUCCGAAACCGGCCCCUCUCGCUAUUCACAACCCUUACGCCUCACCCACAAACAUUAACUACGACAAAAUCAGAACCUUGGAGAAAGACAAGAUGUCGAUCAGUGAUUAUUCAGAGCACGACAUCACGCCGAACCGCCUCAGUUUAGUUUUGAACCCUUCAGACGACUCUUUGGAUUACCAACCUGUCAUAAGAAACAGGACGAAAAGUCCGCACUCGCUUGAUUUCAUGGUGAACAAAGGACCGAGCUCACUAGAUUUCGUGACUAGAAAAUCCCCGGUUUCUUUAGAACACUCGAUAAAGAAUCACCCUGGGAAGGAUUUGUUAGAUAACUACUAUUCUAGUAAGAAAUCGUCGUCGCCUAAAACGGUGAAUAAAUACCCUUCGGACAGUGACAGCUUCGGACCGGACAGUCUCAACAGCAAUGCGAACUAUCCUAUGACUGGAACGCUUCCCACGCAGUCACGAUUACAAUCGCAGUUUUAUAGAGGGCCUUUCGUUAACUCCAAUCCGCAUCCGACUAGAUACCCGCACUUAGCGAGCCCAACUAACAUACCUCAGAGCCAAUCAGGCGAGAGUAUCGGCACGAGCUACGAGAUGCACUCGUUCACUUCUCACACGCACAAUAUGUCCGACUUACAACCGGUGCCGAGAGCGAACCGAGCCGGUGAAUUCCACCACACUUACGAAGGUGGUACGUUUCCCAGAAAAAAGGAAAACCAGAGGUUUCGUAUUCCGUCCAACCCUAGCGUAACUUCGAAGAAUUCCGCGGGGAAACUGAGUACGGGUUCGAUUGAGAGGAGUUCAGAAAGAAAUUCCCCGAUGCCUACCUUUCACGUUGAAGUAUUAAGUCCUGGAAGAGGAGCGAAACAGUUAACGCAUAAAGGCACAAGGAAUUCCAUGCCCGAAUACUGCGGUUUAGGUUGGGACAAACCUUUGCCGGGGGAGUUGCGGAGAGUUCACAUAGAUAAAAGUCAGCAGCCUUUAGGCAUACAGAUAUACUGUCCUCCUAGUAGCGGAGGCGUUUUCGUGUCGACUGUCAACGAGAAUUCGCUCGCCAGUCAAGUCGGUCUCCAAGUAGGCGAUCAACUGUUAGAAGUGUGUGGGAUAAAUAUGCGAUCUGCGACUUAUACUCUCGCCGCACGUGUGCUAAGACAAAUCGGCAAUUCAAUAACUAUGUUAGUGCAAUACAGUCCAGAGAAAUAUAAGGACGAGGUCGAGGUUCCUGGCAGCUCUUCGUCCGGAGAAAGUUCUCAUGAUGAAGAGGUGUCGUUAUCGGGAUCUCCGACGCCUAGGAACUCGCCUGGUCCUCAGCAAAGUCUAAGGAUGGAAGCCCCUUCGGGCGAUACGGGGACUGUUCGGCAAUCGUCAGCCAAUAAGGAGUUGCCGAGGUUUCUGCUGAUCGAAAUGAGAAAUUGCUCAGACUUGGGAAUCAGUUUGGUGGGCGGCAACGCUGUCGGCAUUUUUGUACAUAGUGUCCAACUGGAUUCGCCGGCAUAUAUCGCUGGUCUGAGGACAGGCGAUCAGAUAUUAGAGUACAAUAAUGUGGAUCUGAGAAGAGCCACCGCUGAGCAAGCUGCCUUGGAGUUGGCCAAACCAGCAGACAAGGUCAGCGUUCUAGUCCGCCACGACCUCCAACAAUACCACGAGAUAAAAGACAAGCCUGGCGACGCGUUCUACAUCCGCGCCGGCUUCGAUCGCUGCGCUAAAAUAACCUCUAUAGGCAUGGACACCAUAGACGAGUACUCUCUAUGGUUCAGGAAGGACGAGGUGUUGUUUGUGGACAACACACUGUUUAAUGGCGCGCCGGGAUUGUGGCGCGCUUGGCAGUUGGACUGUAAGGGCGUCAAGAGGCAUUGGGGGACGAUACCUAGCAAAUUUAAAGUCGAAGAGAUCCUACGACGGUCUAUGGGCAGCAUAGAGAGCGAAGCUCAACGUCGCGCCGCUACCACAGCGCGGCGUUCUUUCUUUCGUCGCAAGAAGCAUCGAGAUAGCAAGGAGCUAGCUUCCUUCUCUAAUACCGAGUUGGGAUGCUGGAGUGAUUCCGGAGCCUUGGCUGAUGAACCGCCCCUUCUGUCUUAUCAGCGAGUGGAGAGGUUGCACUACGGCAACCAUCGUCCGGUGGUGGUGCUGGGUCCGCUGUGGGAGUGCGUGGUGAACAAGCUGGUGUCGGACUGGCCGCACGUGUUCGCGGCCCCGCCCGCCCCCGCGCCCGCGCCCGCGCCCGCCCUGCCGCGCCGCCCCGACCAUCCGCCCUACGCGCACCCGCACCCGCGCCCGCCCAACGACCAGGGCAUCCACUGCAUUCUGGACAUAAGCGUGUCCACAAUCGAGAAGCUUCACAAGCAGCAGAUCUACCCCAUAGUGCUGUUCAUAAAGUUCAAGUCGUUCAAGCAGAUCAAAGAAGUGAAGGACACCAGGUACCCGGCGGAUAAAGUUUCAGCGAAGGCUGCCAAAGAGAUGUAUGAACACGGGCUCAAAGUGGAGAACGAGUAUAGGAAUUAUAUCUCAGCCGAGAUACCAGCGGGCGUGAACAUCGCAUACAUGUGCACGCAAAUCAAAGAGGCCGUAGAGGAGGAGCAGAACAAGACCCUCUGGGUGCCUUCAGUGCAGGCCUGACCCUUACCGGCCGCGCCGCGCAAGGCGGUCUCCUUCUGCGGCCAUUGCCGCGACUUCCGAUACUAUUCCGACCCCGGUCGCGACGACCCGCCUCGACCGCGACCACACCGCGACCGGAACGACCUCCGCUACUACUCCGAACCGGACGCCGACAACUACUUCGAGAUAGACUACGAGUUCUUGAAGGAACUGCGCCGCAUCGCACGCAACAAUUGCCCCAAAUGCAAACGCAAACGCACGAGGAAGACCGACGCGAAGGAUAAGAAAGAGAAGCGCGUCCGAGUCAAACGCGGCGUGCGCAUCGACAACUAUGUCUAUUGCAAUGGCCGAUACCAUAGCGAAGUGGAGCACUGCCGACUUUGCUGCAAAGUGUGCAACCGGUCAACUGACACUUUGGAUUCGAUCGACGAUGAAUACUCGCUCGUCUCCCACAGUUAUUCGCGCUCGACUAAAUCCGAGUCCCGAUCGAAAUCCACACCAAGGAGUAAACCACGCGAGCGCAAGAACUCUGCGCAAUCCAUCAAGUCGGUGUCCUUCCUCGAAUCCAGCAACGAAGAGUCUAAAGAAGAGACCAAUUAUACGGCGAAGAGUUUCACCAACGACUUGAAGAAGUUCUUGUUGAAGCCGUCGACGCCGCGCCGCAGUCUACGCGACAAGUUCAUCACCAGUUUCAAACAGGAGUUGGAAGCUACGAAAAAAUCACCCAAAUUGAAAGCCAUCAAGGGCUUGUGGAAAUCCUAUUGAAAUUGUGACUAGUUCUCUUUGACAUCCUUUUAGACGGGUAUGUUGGUGUUUCGUAAGGAAUUCCGAGUUUUUUUGUUCGCUAUUUUAACGCAAGUGUUCAGAUAUGGUCUAAAUGUGUAGAUGCCACGGUUUUGGUGCUAGUGUUACUCGAACUGGAAGUUUAAACUGUUUAUAAGCUUCUUCUAUUGUAUGAGACUUUUUAAGGCCGAUCUUUCAAUUCCUCGGAAAAAAUGUUAUCUCCAGAAAAUUGAAAAAAAACAGAAAUGAACGUUAAUGGCAAAUUAACUCUUCAUUUUACCGAUAGAAUAAGGAUAUCAGAUAUAUUUUAGCCAGGGAUUGAAAAAUAGCCUCUUUAUCUUUUAAAUAUUUAUGUGGUAAUGGUGCAAUAUUUGAUGAGUCGCAGAUGACGUGUCACAGUAAUUUACAUAAUCUACAAUCUUGUGCAAGUUUAUCAACCUUGAGAAUCAUGUAGGGAUAUUUGUAUGGGGUAGUUAAUAAUAUUUUCUUAUAAAAAUAAACAUUCAUAGCCACAUGUACGAACUUCAAUAACAUUUUAACUUUUAGUAAAGGUGCUUUCACUGUUUUCGAUAACAUAUUACAAGACGGGUUCCGUCCGUCUUCAUGAAGCGUUAAAUUUGAAGUAUCUUCGUAUGGCUUUCAAACUAUACAAAUUUAAUACUUUUUGGGAACUGUCCACUCUAUAUUAUAUAAUUCUUUGCAACGAAAUAAGUGAUGAUUAUUAAAAAGAAACAAUGUUUAACUUUUACACUAUAAUUUAUAAUAUAUAUAUAUAUAUAUAUAUAUAUAUAUAUAUAUAUAUAUAUAUAUAUCAGAUUGAUUGCAAAACACAUAGAAUGAGAUAUAAUAUGUAUGAAAUUCUUUAGUUACACGUCGUCGUAGAGUUAGGGAUGGUUAGCGUGUGUAAAGUGUGUUAGAGUCACUUCUUGUUAUGUUUCUAGAUGUUUAUAAUUAUAUUUGUAUCAUAGCUGAAAUAUUAUCGUGUUUUGUAUAGUCACUUUUACAACUGCAUGUUUAUAACAUUUCAAUAUAAUCUAAUUCUAUGGUAGUGUUAAAUACAGCUCGCAACUAUUAUACCGACACUCUUCUUAGGUAUUCGUGUGUUUUUAUUUGUAAAUUUGAGAUCAGUCUGUUCUUUUCAUCCCUUAUAUAGAUAUGGGUGUAUUCUGUAAUAUAUACCAGUGUACUGGCCAGUGCUAAUGACAUCAUGAAUCGACUUGUUCCGAAAUAUCUUGGCCAGUGCACUGACGUCAUAAUUCGACGAAUAAAGAAGAAUUUUUAUUCACUACAUCAAUUAAAAGGAAUUCUUUUUGUUCGGAUGCCGUUAUUGUUCUUUGAAUAAAAAGAAAUAAAAUUUGAAUGCUUCUCACGCACGCUCGGUCAUACGUCAUAUUCGCUUUCCCGGUAAAAAUAUGGUAGCAUACCAGUACAAUAUGGCGUCGGAUUCGUGACGUCAUUACCACUGACCAGUAUACUGAUGUAUAUAUAGACGACCUCCGUGGCCGAGUGGUUUGUACGCCGGGUUUCAUGGUGUCGCCGACUCGAGAGGUCCUGGGUUCGAAUCCCAGUGGGGGCAGAUGUUUGUGUGAUGAAUACGAGCAUUUGUACUCCAGUCAUGGAUGUUAUGAUAUGUAUUUUCCAUAUUUAUAUAUGUACAGUAUUUGUAUUCUAUCCGUUACCCUAGUUUCCCAUAACAAGCCUUACAGUGCUUACUUUGGGGCUAGACUAAUUGGUGUGAGUGUUGGAAAUAUUUAUUUAUUUAUAUUUCGGAAUACACCCAUGAUAAGGACAGACUGUUGUCAAGUUUACAAAUACCAAAUACGAAUAGCCAAGUGAAGUGGCCGGCAUUAGAGAGCCUGAUUGGACGUUACUAUGGAAGUUGUAGCACCUAUAAUAAAUGUAAUAGAUUAUUAAAUAUAAAAGUGUUAUGUAAUCGAAAUAUGGAUAUCUGAAUAUACUUCGAGAUUUUCAUCGUAAUCGUCAACUAUCAGGGCGGGUGAUUUACAGGUUUAUAAAUAAUAAUUUCUAAUGAAGAUACAAAUUUCGUGAGAUCUAUGUCCUUGCAAAUAGAGCACUGACAUUUGCGUGUCCAUUAGAGAUAAGAGGGAGAGAGAAACAUUUUAUAACAGAUAUCUUGAAACUGUAACAACCUCCCAGAAUAUAGUUUCAAUAAUCUUUUUACUCAAACUAGAAUUAGGUACGUUAUGUUCUACCUUUUUUUUUCAAGGUAUUUGUUUAUAUCAUGAGCUGUUGUUCGAUAAAAUUGCAUGGCGAGACGUAAACACUUGUAACAAUGGUCCUUGUUACUAAAAUCAAAAUAGCGAAUGUUUUUAUUCAUAUGUUAAUUUUAUGUAUGUACCAUUUACACACAAGUGAAGUAUCUCCUUUUGGUUAGGAAUAUGAUUUUAUGUGAAAACGAUAAAUCAGUAAUCCGCUUAGUAUUGGGCGAUCCAUGUAAUUUAUUGUACAUAAAUAGAUACAUAUAACUAUUAGUGUUAGUAAUUAUACUCUCAUGUUGGCCUAUUUCUUUGAAUCAGUAUAACUACUUCUAUAGAGGGAGAUCUCUCUCUCUCUGUCUAUCUAUCUCUCUCUCUCUCUCUCUCUCUCUCUCUCUCUUUAUUGGAUAGAACUAAAAGACGUCAUGAAAUAAUGUAAUAUUUAUUUGGUGUAGCGGGACUAAUCAACGUAAAAUUGUGAUGAAAUAUACUGUACGUAUUGACUCUUUAUUACAAAUAGAAUUUGGAGAUACCUGACCCCUUAGCAUGAACCAAUGUUGAAAUUCGAAUAGUUAAAUGUCAAGAAAUUUGUUUGGAAGAUUUUUAAUUCUCGUUCCGUCCGUUGCGGCGCUGUUCAAAUUUUCAUACAAAACAUUUUACGCAUGUCCAGAUAGAAUUCUACCCCAAUUCGAUAUUGGUUCGUGUUGAGGAUAUGUUCAAUUGUUCAUAUAUGUAACUGGACGUCGGUAGUGUAUGACUAAAAGGAAAUGGUAAGCGUAUUAUGAAAUUGAUGAUGAGACGAUUCUCAUUAAUUUGAUAUUUCAUUAAUAAUGAUCAAUUUAAAAAUAUGUUUGCAUUGAAGAAAACCCUUGUAUAUUGCAUCUAUGGUGAUACAUACUUGGUUAUAAGCAAGAAUCAGUGUGACAAAAUGCCUACGUUCAAUACGAGAUGUUUCUAUAUAUUUUAUUUACGUUUGAUUGAAAAUAAGCAGUAUGAAUUGGUUGUUAGCUGUGUGAGAUAUGAUAUUGGUAUUAGAAAAUUGUGAUCUUGUAUUUUAAUACUAUAACAGUAUGUAAUUUUAAUAUGUAUGUAAGAUGUAUUUACAAUCGAAUUAGAACCGUCUUUUACAAUGAAUUAGAAAUAAUAUGGAAUACGAAAUGCGCUCAAGAGAGGUUCCACACAAACUGCGAUCGAGUGGGCGGGGCUAAAAAAGAGCGGUCUAUACGUCGAUCAUGGGAUUGGUUGGGAUUUCUGUUUAACAUUAUCCUACCCAAUGAAUGGGAUUGGAAUUCGUUGGUAGACAUUUGAUUUGGCGAAGUAUUUUGUUUUGUUUGUGAGCAUGUCGUGUUAGUAUUGUUUUAAGUUUAGUUGUAUGAGUUUGGAAUUCUGUUUUAGCGGCCUUUGUUAGAGAUUAAUGCUUCCAUAUCAUUUCUAAUUCGUAAGUCUUUUACGAUAUAACUGUCCAUUAUUGUAGUGCCAAAAGUGGUUGUCUAUAAAAUAGGUAACUGUAGGUAUAUACGAUUUAACGCAAAGAAUGUUAUUCCGAUUUGCAAAGUAAAGCUGUAUUUCAAUGUAAUAGGGUAGGUUAUGUAUCGGGCUUAGUAAGUAUUUAUUUCUUUUAUUCUAAACGGUGUAGUGACAGUUGUAAGUACAGCCAAAGUUAGUUGAACUUAUCAGAAUAUUACAAUUUAAUGAUUAUUUUGAUGAUUAAAAGCAUUUUUAACAUUAUGGUAUAUUCACUGGCCCUUUGACUAAAGAUUGCUGACAUUAGACAUUAUUUAAACACGGCUUAAUAAUAAUAAUAAUUAAUAUUGUGUCUUUGCCUAGCAAUGGCAAACUAGGCGUAUCAUAUUGUAAAAUGUUAAUCCCAGAUAUGACAUUGCGAUCUCGUUGAUAUUAACAUUUUUUUAUCGAGGCUCUUAACGACGAUAUUUUCAGUAACAUUACGUGUAACUUGUACGAAAUAAAAUUCAUACAAAAACUAUAAAAAGAUUAUUUUUACAUUUCAAUAUUAUUUUGCGAAAAGAUACCUCGUGUAUGUUAUAGGUACCUAAAGUGCGAUCUGCUUUAUUAAUGUGGCGAAAAUUGGACGUAACGCCGCCAUCUUCGUACACGUCAUAUUUUGUAUGUCAUUUGCGUAGACAGUGGCGAGACCCUCCUUGAACUGUAACUCACAUUCAUAAAGAUCUUGGACGCACUGUAGCGGCAAACUUCUUAAGCGAAACCACAGACAAAUAAACUUGCGCGUUUGACGGUUUUGUAUGUAAAAUUGCUAAUGCGCAGGCUACCUUGUAUAAGCAGUGGCGGCGCUAGACCACAUGUGGACGUCGGCGACAUCAAGUUCGUGAGGCCUAUUUUAAUUCGCAGUAAAAAACCGUUAAAUUAAGUGAGCCAAAUUAUAAAAUAACGUAUGAGUAAAUUUCGAGUUUUAUUGUUGAUAAUCAACUAAUGACAAAAAUAAUUACAAACAUAGAAAUUUAAUUACAAAUAGUGUUACCAGACAUACGAUUCUGAAUACCCGUAAAGUACUAAUCGCUUCCAUCACGCACGUGUUCGAAAAUAAUAAAAGUUAUUAUCAUCUGCUUAGCUUUUUCCCCGAAUUGUUCGGGGUCGGCUACCUAAGCCAGGCCAGGAGAAACGAAAAUAAGUAGCUUGUAAAAAAAUUUUGCGAGGCCCCCUCAGGCGCUAGGCCGUCGGCGGUGGCCGACGUCGCCGACGCCUAGCGCCGCCACUGUGUAUAAGUAUACGCUUGAUGUUUGUUCAUCAAAUGAAAAAAAGCUUGUCUACUAAGUUUUUGUGUGAUUUUUAUUACUUACAUACACAGUACAAACACAGCACACUAGUUUUAAGUUUUUGUACAGAGAUUUGAUACAAGUUUAAUUUUAUUUACGUUAUUGACGCUUAAUAAGUCUUUUAUUUGUUUUAUGCUACUACUUAUGAGCUUUAAAAGUGAUUCUGUGAAAACAUUUACAGCACCUAUCUGGUCAAAGUUGUCGCAUACGUUGAGAAUAUUACAUUGGUUUUUUGAUGUACUUUGGAAGUGUCACAUUAAAGUUUUUGUUUUGUACGCAUUUGCCGAGUUUGUGAUUUACCAAUUUUGAAGUUAGACCAGUUUAAGUUUGCAAGCUGAUUUAGUUUCUUUUUUUGUGAAUGUCUUUAUUAAUAAAUGUUCAGAUUGAAUACAUACGAGAAUAUAUAUGCCACAUCGGGUUAGCUUUCCAUAUUCAGUACACAAUAUCUUAAUCAGUUUCUUUCUUCUUCCCUGUUUUUAUAUUAAAGUAAUAUGAUCGCCUAAAAGCCACUAAUGUUCGCCUAAAAGCCACUUAAGCAAACCGAUGUGGCAACUCUUAGUUACCAUAUCACUAUUGUGUGUACAAUUAUGCACAAAAUUGAGUUCAAUAUGAUUAUGUUAGGUGUUGCAAACUAGAUUUAGUAAUUAAGGAUGCACUAAUUUGAUCUGAUAUUAAAUUACAUUAAGUUUUAAAUAAGUCGGUCGCUAACAACGGUUUUAUUUACUGUACAUUUAUAAAAUUAAAAUUAUACAUAUUUAUAAAUUAGUAAGCGAAUCAAAGCUGAGAGAAAAAUAAAAAAUUGUAAAAAAAAUAACGACAAUAAUCAGUAUUUAAAUUAUUAGAACUUUUACAAUGUAAUUUCUUGUUUUGGAGAAUAUUUAUGUUAAUGUUUUUUGACUAUUUUUUAUUAUUUCCGUAUUUGUAUUGGUAUUAUUUGUAUGUAGUUUUGUUUAAAGUGAGUAUUGGAUGUAUUCCUAUAAUAUGGCCAAGUAGGAAUCUAAUGUUCUCUUAGAGAGAUGUUUCAACGAAUUGUUUUAAAUAUAGAAAAAAAGCAAUAAAUCAGUUAUAUCAAAAAUAAUUAA